AUGCAGGAACAGAGACGGCGGGCCCUGUCGGCCGGGCCGGUGGUGUGGAGACCCGCCGCGGCAGCGCCUCUGCUCCGCGGAACCCGCCGGCUUCUUCUUCGCCACUGUGCCCAGCGCAUGUUUGCCUCGCAGACUGAGGGGGAGCUCAAAGUGACCCAAAUUCUCAAAGAAAACUUUCCUCGAGCUACAGCUAUCAAAGUCACUGACAUUUCAGGAGGCUGUGGGGCACUGUACGAAAUUCAAAUCGAAUCGGAAGAAUUUAAGGAGAAGAGAACGGUCCAGCAGCACCAGAUGGUAAAUCAGGCACUAAAAGAAGUCGUCAAAGGUAUGCACGGGUUGUGGAUAUUUACCUCUGUCCCCAAACACUGA